AUGUUCCCCAACGGCUCCGUCAAGAGGGUGGGGCCUGCGACGGUCGAAGUGGCGGUGGUGUCCAGGUACCGGGAGUGCCUCAGGAACCACGCGAGGUUCACGGGCGGGCACGCCAUCGACGGCUGCGGGGCUUACUUGCCGUCGCUGGAGCUCAACCCCGACCCGGCCACGUUCAUGUGCGUCGCCUGCGGCUGCCACCGCAACUUCCACCGCGAGGAGGUGGUGGUGGAGCCGUCGCCGCCGCCGCCGCCUCCGUCGCCGGCGCAGCACCAGGUGGCGCUGCUUCCGGCGCCGCCCAUGGCGGCAAGCAUUGUGCUCCACGGCCUGCCGCAGCGCGGGGAGCACAAGCCGGAGGACCGGCUCCCGGCGGCCGACUCUCAGUCCGACUCCGACGGCUCCGAGUACGUCGACGGGAGGUCCGUCUCGCCGCCGCAGCUGCAGCAGGCUCCACCAGCGCACCUCCCGGCGCCGGUGGCGCCGCAGCCGAACAUGCUGCUCUCGCUGAACGCCACUGCGCCGCCCGGGGCCGCGCAGAGCCAGAGCCCGCUUCCCGUCCAGGACUCGCCUGCGAUGGCACCGCCGGCCCACGUGGGGGGCGCACCGAGGAGGAAGCGGUCCCGGACCAUGUUCACCGCGGAGCAGAAGCACCGGAUGAAGGAGCUGUCGGAGCGGCUCGGUUGGCGGCAACAUAAGCGCAACGAGGCCAUCAUGGACGAGUGGUGCCGCGACAUCGGCGUGAGCAAGGGCGUCUUCAAGGUGUGGAUGCACAACAACAAGCGCAACUACGUGGGCGGCAACAGCGCCCGCCGUCGCGCCUUAGCCACCGCAGCCUCUUCAGCCGCCACCAUCCCCGCCGCCGGACCAAUACAAAUCGCCCCCACCACAGCCGCACCACCGCCACCAGCACCAUUCAUCCCCUCUGUCACGCACAGCUCCCCCGCCCCCACCGCUACCGGCUUCAACAUGAACGGCACCGCCACCCUCGCCUUCACCGCCGCCACCAAGUAA